AUAGGCCAGGUGUGGUGGCUAACACCUAUAAUCCCAGCACUUUGGGAGGCCGAGGUGAGCAGAUCACUGGAGGCCAGGAGUCUGAGACCAGCCUGGCCAAUAUGGCAAAACCCCAUAUCUACUAAAAAUACAGAAAUUAGCCUGGCAUGCUGGUACACACGUGUAAUCCAGCUACUCAGGAGGCUGAGGCAGGAGAAUCGCUUGAACCUGGGAGGCAGAGGUUGCAGUGAGCUGGGCGACACUGAGAGACCCUGUCUCAAAAAAAAGAAAAAAGGGGAGGUGGGUAAAACGAGCAAAAAAUAAUUACCAUAGAUAUGAGUGUGAAGUCGCACUGUUUGGAUAUUGAGAAAACUUGCAUGAGAUAGUUUUUAGAGGAUAGAUACUUUUUCUGUAAAUUUGUUGACAGGCAUUCCAGGCAGACAGAAUGAAGAACAGUCUGUAGGCUGGUAAUGGUGGCUCAUUCCUGUAAUCCCAGCACUUUGGGAGGCAGAGGUACGAGGAGUGCUUGAGCCCAGGAGUUUGAGACCAGCCUGUGCAACAUAGUGAGACCCUGUCUCUUAAAAAAAAAAAAAAAAAAAAAAGCCAGGUGUGGUGGCACAUGCCUGUAGCCCCAGCUACUCAGGAGGCUGAGGUGAGAGGAUUACUUGAGUCUGGGAGGUCAAGGCUGCAGUAACCUGUGAUCUUACCACUGCGUCCUGGAAGACAAAGGAAUUAGGGCUAGGGCACACCUGCAAUUCCAGCACUUUGGGAGGCUGAGGUGAAUAGAUUUCUUGAGCCCAGGAGUUUGUAACCAGCCUAAGCAACAUGGUGAAACCCUUUCUCUAUAAAAAUAAUAAGUCUAUGAAUGCUUUCACCAUAAGGGCUGGGAAUAGAAAGAGUACUGAUAGCUGGGUUUGGUGGCUCAUACCUGUAGGAAACUCAUACACUUUAGGAAACUGAGGUGGAAGGAUCACGAGCCCAGGAGUUUGAGACCAGCCUGGGCAACAUAGUGAGAACCCAUCCCUACAAAAAAUUUUUGAAAUCAGCCAGGUGUGGUGACAUGUGCCUGGGGUCCUUGCUACUUCAGAGGCUGAGGUAGGAGGAUUGCUUGAGCUCAGAAGGUUGAGGCUGCGGUGAGCCAUGAUUGCAACACUGCACUUCAGCCUGGGCAACAGAGCAAGACCUUGUCUUUAAAAAAAAAAAAAAAAAAAGCAUUGGUGUGUAGGAGGAAUAAAUGAGAGAUUUUUUUCACUGGGCUAAUCAAUUGCUAGAAUAAUUAGUAGUUUGUGGGAUUCAGUUGCUUUUAGUAGAGGCAGUAAAAUGCAAUUAUGAUUUAUUAAAAUACUGGAUUGUAGGGUGGGUGCAGUGGCUCACACAUGUAAUCCCAACACUUUGAGAGGCUGAGGCAGGUGGAUCACCUGAGGCCAGGAGUUCCAGACCAGCCUGGGCAACAUGGUGAAAUCCUGUCUCUCCUAAAUAUACAAAAAUUAGCUAGUCGUGGUGGUGCAUGCCUGUAGUCCCAGCUACUGAGGAGGCUGAGGCACAAGAAUUGCUUGAACACUGGAGGUGGAGGUUGCAGUGAACUGAAAUCACAUCACUGCAUGCUAGCCUGGGUGACAGAGCAAGACUGUCUCAAAAAAAUAAAAAUAUAAUUUUGUAUGUGUGGUAACAAAGAUGAACACAUAAAUGCUGGUCUUCAAUGGAACAGAAUAGGUAACUCAGAAAUAAGGCCACACACCUCCAACUAUCUGAUAUUCAACAAACAUUACAAAAAUAAGAAAUGGGGGAAGGAUUCCCUAUUUAAUAAAUAGUGCUGGGAUAACUGGCUAACUAUAUGCAGAGAACAGAAACUGGACCCCUUACACCAUAUACAAAAAUUAAGAUGGAUUAAAGAUUUAAAUGUAAAACAACUAUAAAGACUCUGGAAGACAACAUAGGCAGUACCAUUCUGGACAUAGAAAUGGGCAGAGAUUUCAUGAUGAAGACACCAAGAACAAUUGCAAGAAAAGCAAAAUUUGACAAACAGGAUCUCAUUAAAGAGCUUCUGCACAGCAAAGGAAACUGUCAACAGAGUGAACAGAGAACCUACAGAAUGGGAGAAAAUUUUUGCAAACUAUGCAUCUGACAAAGGUCUAAUAUCCAGCAUCUAUAAGGAACUUAAAUUUACAAGAAAAAAACAACCCCAUUAAAAAGUGGGCAAAAGGCAUGAACAGACACUUUUCAAAAGAAGACAUACAUGCGGCCAAUAGUCAUAGGAAAAAGAGGUCACAUCACUAUCAUUAGAGAAAGGCAGAUCAAAAGGCAGAUACCAUCUCACACUGGUAAGAAUUGCUAUUAGUCAAAAAAUAACAGAUGCUGGUGGGGUUGUGGAAAAAAAAGAAUGCUUAUACACUCUUGGUGAGAGUAUAAAAUAGUUCAGUCAUUGAGGAUGACUGGGUGGCGAUCUCUCAAAUAACUAAAACCAGAAAUACCAAUUGACCCGGCAAUCCUAUUACUGGGUAUAUACCCAGAGGAAUAUAAAUUGUUCAUGCAUAUGUUCAUUGCAGCACUAUUCAAAAUAACAAAGAUGAGGAAUCAACCUAAUGCCCGUCAAUGGCAGACUGGAUAAAGAAAAUGUGGUACAUAUACACCAUAAAAUACUAUGCAGCCAUUAAAAAAAAAUUGUGUCCUUUGCAGGAACAUGGAUGGAGCUGGAGGCCAGUAUCCUUAGCUGACCAAUGCGGGACCAGGAAACCAAAUGCCUCAUGUUCUCACUUAUAAGUGGAGGGCUAAAUGAAAACACAUGAACACAUAAGGGGAACAACAUACACUGGGGCCUACUGGAGGGUGAAGAGUGGGAGGAGGGAGAGGAUCAGGAAAAAUAACCAAUGGAUACUAGGCUUAAUACCUGGAUGAUUUAAUAAUCUGUACCACAAACCCCUGUGACACAAGUUUACCUAUGUAACAAAUCUGCACAUGUACCCAUGAACUUAAAACUUUUUAAAAUGCUGGUCUUGGCCUCCAAAACCAGCAUUAUAUGAAAAAUUACACUUCAUGACAGUCUUUGAAGAAUAAAACACAAAGGUAAUGAAAUUGUCAUCACCUAUAUAUGUCUGGCCUCUCCCAUGAGGUUAUAUGAACAUUGCAAAGAAUUCAACCUAUUAUUUCCUAUAUUCCCAGAGGCUAGUCUACUAUGAAGUACAGAAUAGGUGCUAAAGAAAUAUUUAACAAAAUCGUAAGGCUUUUAAAGAUAGUUUUCUCCUAAGUUUACCUUUGGUUAAGAAUCGGUAAUUAAUAUAUUAAACGUAUGGUAGUAUUCCAUGAUAACAAAUUUUUCAAACCAGUGAUAAAGAUUUCUAAUGCUGUCUUAUAUAAACAAGAAUAGAACUUGUAUCAGAAUUGUUUCAAUUGUAAUUUAAUUAUCCAAGUUGUUAUUGACCUACAUUGUCAAAGCACACUAUAUUAUCACCUGCUUUUGAUUAUCUACCUGCACAUUAUCCAUUUGGUACAUUAUCUAGCACCCUUGUACAAUGGCUGGUACAUAGUAGACACUCAACAGAUAUGCUAUUUUCUACUCAUGCCUAUUGGUUAAAAAUCACCUGGACACAGAAAAUUCUUCAUUGACAUAAAAUUCUCCAUUGAUCAUUCUUUUUUGUGUUGGGCAUUCCUAGAGUACUGUAUUCAUAGCUCUGGCUUUUGCCCCUAAAUUAUUCUCUCUCUUUCUCUUUAAAUUUUCAUUUUUUUAUAGACAGGGUCUCACUCUGUCACCCAGGCUGGAAUGCAAUGGAGCAAUGGUAGGUCACUGCAGCCUCCAACUCCUGGAAUCAAGCAGUCCUCUCACCUUGACCUCACAAAUAUCUGGGAGUACAGGUGCAUGCCACCUUAUCAAGCUAUUUAAAAAAAUUUUUUUUUUUAGUGAUGGGGUCUUGCUGUGUUACCCAGGCUGGCCUCAACCAAUCCUCCUGUAUUGGCUUCCCAUAGCAGUGGGAUUACAGGCAUGAGCCACUACUCCUGGCCUGCUAUUCUUCUUUUAUUGAUGUAUUCACUCCUGUGGCUUUAUUAAUUGAGUCUAGACCAAUAUAUCAAUUUCUUCAGGGAAAACUUUAGUAAAAGAAAAGACAGGCUGGGCGCUGUGGCUCAUGCUUGUAAUCUUAGCACUUUGGGAGGCUGAGGCAAGUGAAUCACCUGAGUUCGGGAGUUUGAGACCAGCCUGACCUACAUGGAGAAACCCUGUCUCUACUAAAAAUACAAAAUUAGCCAGGCGUGGUGGCACAAGCCUGUAAUCCCAGCUACUCAGGAGGCUGAGGCAAGACAAUCACUUGAACCUGGGAGGUGGAGGUUGCAGUGAGCUAAGAUCGUGCCAUUGCACUCAAGCCUGGGCAACAAGAGUGAAACUCUCAUCUCAAAAAAAAAGAAAAAGAAAAGAUAGUCAGUGGUCAAUUGGUGAUUUCUUUUGUUAAUUGACUUCUCAUAUAUUUCAUUUUAAUAAAUAUCAUUGCUUAGAUUCUUCUCAGGUUUCUGAAUGUUGCAUGAAAUUAUUGAUAGUUCAUUAUGUGCCAGGCAUGGUGUUAAAUAUUGGCGAUGCAAAUCUAAUAAGACAUCCUGAUACGGUGUCUGCAGUCAUUUGGGAGGAAAGAAAUGUAAAGAAAUAAUCAUAAAAUAUUCUAAUAAUACUAGUAUGUUCACACUGAUUGUAUUAUAAAAGAAAAUACAUCUUACUGUUUUAAAAGGUAUUUUAGACAUUUAAUUAUUUCAAAGUCCAUUAAUGUCUUAAAAUGUGAUUAUGGCAAUAUAGUCAGAUUCAACAAAUAUUUUUGAUAUCUUUUAUAAUGUGUUAGUAAAGCCAGAGGAGCUAGAGCAACUUUUAAGUCCCAGUUCUAUUACUUAUUAGUUGUGUGACCUUGAUCCAUACUGGGUAUUCAGUAAGCAACUGACAGUGAAAUUGAGUUUCAAAUGAGAACAAAUUGUGAAAGUACUGUGAAAGCUGUGUAAGACACACUCUCUACCCUCAAAUUAUUUUCAUUAUAAUUUGGAAUAAAAGAGCAUAGCACAAAAGUAAUUAAAAUGUGGAAUAUAGUGAAUUCCACAAGAAUAUAUGUAUAUAUGUAUCUAUAUAUUAUGUUUACACAUAAAUAAUAUAUACAUAUAUAUAUCUAUCUGUGUAUUCUUAGAUAUCCAGUCCAAUCUAGCUUUCAGAUUACUCCAGCCCUCAUUUGAUGCAAACACAAGAGACCCAGAGAAAGAUCUGACAAGCUGAACUCAGUCAAUUCACUGCACAAUGAGAGAUAAUACAAAAUAGUGGUUGGAUUAUUGGUUAAGUAGCUUAAAGAGAUACAAUAUUCUAAUAUUUAAAACCACCUUUGUCUUUCCUUUUUGGCAUCAGCUGCCUAUUUAUAAAGAAUCAUGAACAUCUUGAAAUUGCAACAAUAUUGAAGCUUCAGCACUUUUUAAACCUCCUUUUUAGCCUGAACAGUAUGGAAAAACCUUAUGUUGCCCAGUUGAGGAUGGUGUUACUUUUGCAAGGUUUAUGAGUUCAGAUAGUGAACUCAUCAUCAUUUUUGUUGUCCAAGUUUAGGAGUGUUUGAAUUUUGGACUCUAAACCAACUGAAUUUUUUAUUUCUACAUGGCAUUCAUGACAGUGUUGUAAGUGAAUAUGUUAACAAAGUAAUUCCAAAAUAUCUAGCAAAAUACAUUCAAUAGAGACCUAUUUCUACAAAGGCAAGAAGAUUAUGUUAGUUUUUUAUAGCAUAUAUCAUUUUAAUCUUUCAAAUGGGUAAAAACUUAUUUUCCUUCUGUAAUACUCACUGCGAUAUAAGCUUAUGUGAUCUGCUUUCUCUACCACAAGCUCCUUACAACUUAGUUGAAAUCUGGUUAUCCUAAGAACACUGUUGUCAUUAAAGUCCUCUCUAAUGGCAGAUACAUCCUCUCAUACUCCCAUGUAUAUCAGGGCCAGUAAGUGACUUUGAUGAACUUUGAUCCAACUUUGAGGAACCAGAGCCGUGGAUGAACCUUGAAAAUGCUGUGAUAAACCAGUGCCAUUUGAGAGAAAUUCAAUGGCACCAGUGUUCUCAGGACAACCAGCAUGUACCAGCACUUUAUUACUUUUUCUUGCUGAAUAGUAUUUCAUUGUAUGGCUAUACCACAUUCUGCAUAUCUAUUCAUCAAUUAUUAGACAUCUGGAUUGUUUCUACUUUUUUGCUAUUAUUAAUGAUGUUGCUGUGAACAUUCAUAUACAAGUUUUUGUGUGGACAUACGUUUUCAGUUCUCUUGGGUAUAUACUUAGGAGUGGAAUUGCCAGGUCAUAUGGUAACUCUAAGUUUAAUCUUUUGAGGAAUUUCCAAACUGUUUUCCAAAGUGGUUGCACUAUUUUGCACUCCCUCCAGCCAUAUAUGGGGGUUCCUUUCUCUGCAUCUUUACCAAUAGUUAUUAUCAUCUGUCUUUUUUAUUGUAACCACACUAGUGGAUGUGAAGUGGUAUCACUGGGGUUUUGUUGGUGUUUCCCUGAUGGUUAAUUAUGUGAAGCAUCUUUGUGUGUGCUUUAUUGGCCAUGGUACAUCUUGUUUAGAGAAAUGUUUUUUCAAAUUCUUUGCCCAUUUUUAAUUGGGUUACUUGUCUUUUGUUGUUGAGUUGAUGGCCUCUUUUCUUUUCUUUUGAGAUAAGGUCUUGCUCUGUCAACCAGGCUGGGGUGCAGUGGCACAAUCUCAGCUCACUGCAAUCUCCAUCUCCCAGGCUCAAGCUAUCUUCCCACCUCAGCCUCCAGCAUAGCUGGGACUAUGACCACACCUCACUGUGACCAACUGAUUUCUGUGUUUUUUGUGGAGAUGGAGUUUCACCAUGUUGCCCAGACUGAUCUCGAACUCCUGGGCUCAAGUAAUCCCCUCCACCUCAGCCUCCCAAAGUGCUGGGAUUACAGGUGUGAGCCACUGUGCCCAGCCAGUGGCCUCUUUCCUUAAAAUUUUUACCUUCAACUCUCUUUUCCUGCAUCCCACUUGAAAUACUACUAACUAUUAGGAGUAAAUACUUCUGAUGUAGUAAUUUUCUACAUUUCCUACACCACUUUAACAUUCUAGCAUCCCCAAAAUCUUAACAUCAAACAUUCCACUCCCUGAAGAGCACCUAUAUUUCCAGGGCUUUUGCUAGUACGUCAUAAAAAUAUUUGUUUAAUUUCAUUCAGAUCUCUAAAUCCACUAACUCCUGACUUUUUAACUUUUUAUCAAGAAUUAAAAGAAUUCUACACCUACAAAUAGGUUGCAAAACUAGUGUACACAGUUGCAGUAUAUCCUUUAUCCAGCUUCUCUUGUGAUUAACAUUUUUAUAACCAUAAUACAAUUAUAACAGGAAAUUAACACAGAUAAAACACAAGUAACUAAUCAACAGUCCUUAUUUAAAUUUCACAAACUGCAAAAAUUUUGCUCAUUUUCUUGUCAAGAUCUAAGAUCCCACAUAGCCUUUAGUAGUCAUGUCUUCUUAAUCUCUUCCAACCUAGGAUACUUCCUCAGUCUUCAUCUUUCAUGAUUUUGACAGUUUUGAAGUCACUGACCAGCUAUUUUGUACAAUGUUCUUCAAUUUCGAUGUUGCUUUCUCAUAAUUUUAAAUGAAAAUUAUGCAUUUUUGGCAAGAAUAUAACAGAAUGGAUAUUGUGGCCUUUUCAACCCAUCACAUAAGGGAGUACAUGAUGUCAAUAUUUGUUAUUAGUGCUGAUGUUAACUUUGAUCACUUGUUUAAGGUGCUGUCUGCCAGUUUUAUUACUGCAGAAUUACCAUUUUUCUCUUGGUAAUGAGUAUUUUGUGAAGAGAUACUUUGACACUGUGGAAAUAUCCUGCUUACCAUCAUGCAUUUGCCCACAAAUUUUAGCAUGGUCAAUGAUUCUUGCUUGCAGCAUAAUAUGGUGUUGGCCAAGUGGUGAUUUUCAUUGCUACCAUUACUCUUGCAUUUAUUAAUUGUUAUUCUACUAGAAUAAAAAGCAGCUCCUUUGCACCAUUUGUUUGUUUGUUUGUUUUAAAAUGGAAUCUACCGGGCAUGGUGGCUCAUGCCUGUAAUCCCAGCACUUUGGGAGACUGAGGCAGGCAAAUCACUUGAGGUCAGGAGUUUGAGACCAGCCUGGCUAAACUAGUGAAACUUUGUCUCUACUAAAAAUACAAAAAUUAGCCAGGCUUGGUGGCACAUGCCUGUAGUCCCUGCCACUCGGGAGGCUGAGGCAGGAGAAUCACUUGAACCUGGGAGGCAGAAGUUGCAGUGAGCCAAGAUUGCACUAUUGCACUCCAGCCUGGGCAACAGAUUGAGAUUCAGUCUCAAAAAUAAAUGAAAUAAUAAAAUGGAAUCCUAGAUGUUUAUUGUUUUGUUUAGAUUCACUCGAUGUGGUUGUCAAAAUAUUUCAGAAAAUAUUAAAUAUAUAUUAGGGAAAGUUAAAGAUUAGCCUCAAACCUUUUGGAAGGCCAAAGGGUUUUAUUGGGGCAGGCCGAAGGCGGCCAGUGCAUUAAGUUAGGGAGAGAGAGAGAUGAUCAAAGGCCUUACCCUACACCCAUUUGUCUCCACUCUGUUUACUCAUGUUAAUUUUGUGUUGGAUGGCCUUGGGGAAGAUCUAAGCGGAAUUACUUGUGAAUAGCAUUUACUCUGGGCCCCAAACCUAAAGCUUUUGUCAGUCAUAAAACUGUUCUCUUAACCAUGUUAAUUAUUCACAAGUAUGUUAACUUAGAACCUCUGUUAUGAAUGAAAGUAUGGACAGACAGAGGGUCUGGGUGGAUUGAUUGCAUUUCGCCCUCUGAAAGCAGCCAGUGGCCAUUCCCUAGCCCACUUGGAAUGCUGUAAUGGUGUGAAAAUGCAUUCAUUCAUCCAUCGUUGAGUCAGGGUCUGCCGGUCAGACUUCCAUGGUGGUGGGACCCACAUCUCAGGUGGUGACCCUGACGUGAUCUAGGGCACAUUUUUUUCUUUAGGAUAUCUUUUAGCUAUCGUGACUGUGUUGCUCAGAUUUCCCCAGAUUUGGCCACUUGGUGCCUCUUCAAAUUGGCUUCUUCCUCUUGGUAUGCCUCAAUAAUUAUUUGAUUAUUUCCUUACUUUCUAACUCCAGUACUUUGUCCACAAACCAUUACCCUUUUUGCUGUUACUCAGCUUGAGUUUCAUGAUACAUCAUUAAAAUCAUAUACUAGUGAAGACUGCUGACUCCUUUGUUCCCUCUUACUCUAUCAUAUUUACCACAAAGCCUCACUCUGAUUGAAUCUAAAUGUCUGUCUUCUCCAUACUAGCACCAAAGUAAUGGAUAUUGUCAAGGAAAAAGCAUAACAAUGUUUGUUGGUUGGUUUUACUUUAAAUUCAAGAUCAUACACCUUGUGAUGGUUAAUGUUAGGAGUCAACUUGACUGGAUUGAGGGAUGCCCAGAUGGCUGAUGAAGCAUUGUUUCUGGAUGUGAUUGUGAAUGAAGUGUUGCCAGAGGAAACUGGCAUUUGAGUCAGUGGACUGGGAGAGGAGGACCCACCCUCAGUGUGGUGGACACUGUCCAGUCGGCUACCAUUACAACUAGAACAAAGCAGGCAGAAAAAUGGAGAUAAGCAGCUUGCUGAGUCUCCUGCUGUCUCUUCCCAUGUCCUGCGGGGCACUUGCUUCCUCUCCUGCCUUUGGGUGUCUCUGACUCUAGGUUCUUCAGCCUGUAGACUCUGGGACUUGCAUCAGCGGCUUCCCAGAUGCUCUUAGGCCUUUGGCCUGAGACUGAGAUCUACGCUGUUAGCUUCUUUGGUUUUGAGGCUUUCAGGCUUGGAUUGAGCCAUGCUACCAGCUUCUCUUUCCCCAGCUCGCAAAAGGCCUGUUGUGGGACUUCACCUUGUAAUUGUGUGAACCAGUUCUCCCUAAUAAACUCUUUUUUAAUAUACAUAUAUCCCAUUGGUUCUGUCCCUCUGGAGAACCCUAACACACACCUCAAGUGGGCACUGAACACUGCCAAGCAGGCCAAGUUUCCCUAGCGAGUUUGCCUUUCCACUUUUCCAAAAUGAUCGUUUCAUAGCUUCUCUUCCAUUCUCAACUUCUUUCACACAUCUCUCUUGCCUCCCUUCCCACACUCUAUUCUCAUCUAAUGACCCUUUUUAUAUUUUAUUGGAAAAAUGAAAGCAAUGAGUUGAGUUAUUUCUCUUUACCACUAUCAGAACUUUUAUCUGUAAUCAUAUUCCAAGUUAAAGAGAAAAAAUUUCUCUGGCCCUAUCAAAGUCCACUCUUUGAACUUGUACUCUGGGUCUCAUCCUGUGUCUUUAGAAAGGCCUCAAUCUUUCACCCCUCUCUACUGCUUUAUCCACCUCUUCUUUUCAAUUAGAUAAUUCUUAUCUGCAUCAAAUAUGCUCUAUCAUUUAUCAUUUAAAGGAAAAACCUCUUUAAACCAUAUUCCCCUCUAGCUACAACCUGACUUCUCGUCUGUCUUAACAGCAAAACUUCUCAAACGAUACAUGUCUUUACUUCUCAUUCACUCAACCCUGCUGUUCUCACUACUUCAUUAAAACUGUUCUCUAAGGUCACCAAGGGCUCCAUCCUACCCACCUGAAACAACUAAAUAAUGGACGAAAUGUAUGAUACAGCAGUUUUCAAAAUGGUAUCAGGCAACAAAUGACAGUGAUCCCUGAGAGAUGGUAAACAACUAACAUAAGCCCUACUCUUGCCCCAGCUUACUGCCUUCAAAGAGGUUCCAGGCCACAGAUCAGACAGGAAAACCCAGGCAGAGCCCUGCACACUCCCUGUGUUAAGGAGAUGAAUCUGAGAGUUCAGAGUGAACAAAGCAGCUAAAGUCUACAGGACAACAUAUCUGAGAAAAGAGAGCAACACACAGCGAGAACUCCAUAUAUCUGCAGUGCUCUACCAAGAUCAUCCAACAGAGUACUUACAAGUGCUUGCACACAAGAAAUCUAUGUGAAGGUAGGGAGAGAAUCACCCAAAAAGAUUAGAGGUAACAGUGUCUCCUAUAUGUGGAAGCCUAUUUUAAAAGAGCUUCAUUUGAAAUAGAACUGCUUUCAAAUGGUACAUUGUGAAUAAAAUGAACUCAUUGUAAAGUACCAUAUUUCUAAACUACAAAGAGAAAAAAGAUUUAAAAUUUUAUAAUGAAAAUAUUUCAAAAAUAAGUUAUCACAGAUAACUUCUGAUAACUGCCUCUUUUUUCUUUUAGCAACAGACCCACUGUACCUUGUGAAAAAAAUGUCAACUAGCUCCAGCUUGACUUUUUUUUUUUUUGAGAUGGAGUUUCCUUCUUGUCGCCAAGGCUAGAGUGCAGUGGUGCAAUCUCGGCUCACUGCAACCUCCACCUCCCAUAUUCAAUCAAUUCUCCUGCCUCAGCCUCCUGAGUAGCUGGGAUUACAGGCGCCUGCCACCAAGCCCAGCUAAUUAUUUUUUAUUUAUUUUAUUUUUUAGUAGAGACGAAAUUUCACCAUGUUGGCCAGGCUGGUCUCAAACUCCUGACCUCAAGUGAUCCACCCUCCUCAGUCUCCCAAAGUGAUGGGAUUACAGGCAUAAGCCACCAUGCCCAGCCCAGCUUGACUUUUAAAAAGUGAUAUUAACUAAAAAUAAGCAUUUUACUAAUUCACCAGGAUUUAUUUGUGAAGACAUCAGUUGCUGAAUUUGCAGUGGACAAGGCAACUCAAAGCAGAAAGGUGUGGUUGAUUUAGAUCAAAACAGCAAAGUAAAAUCCAAGUUCAGGAGUAAUCACACUAAUUUUCAAGCAACAUUAACAUCCUGCAAUAAGGAGAAAAAAGCUAGAUAUCACCAGUCAGAAGAUUUAAAUGUCUUACAAAUUUGUCAGUCUAAUGAGAAAUACAUAUUAGGCAAAAGACUGAAAACUUUUCUUCUCACUUCUGAGUAUAGUUGGAAUUCAAACCUAAUCUGAACUAAUCAACAUUAACAGUAUCCAACAUCCAAUAAAAAAUUACAAGUGCCUAGAAAGCAGAAAAAUGUAGCACAUAAAAGGAAAUCCAGUCAAUAGAAACAGACUCAGAAAUUACAAAAAUGAUGGAACUAGCAAUAAGAGUGUUAAAAUAACUAUGAUAACUAUAUGUAUUCAAAAGGAAGAAUGAGCAGGAGAGAAAUUAAAAAUUUUUAAAACUAUAAUUUCUAGAGAUGAAAAAUAUAUAUGGUAUUUUUAAAAUUUAAUGGAAUUAAUACAGAUUAGACACUGUUGCAGAAAAGAUUAUUGAAAUUGAAGCAUAGAAAUAGAAACUAUGUAAAAUGAAGCAAAGAGAGAAAAACUGCUGAGCAAAAUUAGCCAAGUCUUGGAAAUUUGGGGACAACAUUAAGUAGGCUUAUAUACAUGUAGUUUGGGUCCCAGAAGAUAGGGUGAGGACAGAAAAAAUAUUGCAGAAAUAAUGGCUGAAAAUUUUUAAAUUAGAUGAAAAUUAUAACCCCACAGGUCCAAGAACUUCAACAAACCCCAAGAAAGAUAGUACAUAAAAGAAAUUAAAAAUUAUGUCCAAACACUUCAUAAUCAAAUUCCUGAAAACCAGUGACACAUAGAAACAGCUUAAUAGCACGUGGAGGAAAAAAAAAUUCUUAAUAGCUGAAUAAAUAAUGUCUAUAGACUUAUUUUCAGAAAAUUACAAGCCAGAAAAACAGAAUGACAUUUUUCAAGUGCUGAAAGGUUGGGGCAGAGGGGGGAACCCCUAUCAAUUCAGAAUUGUAUAACCAGUGAAAGUAUUCUUUAAAAAUAAAGUUUAAAGACAUUUUCAGAUGAACAAGGACUCAGGUAAUCACAGUUAGCAGAUAUGUAUUACAAGAAAUGUUAAAGAAAAUACCCCAUACAGAAAGAAAAUAAUGGCAGAUGGAAAUCUCGAGUUACACCAAGAAAUAGAAAUCAGUGGAAAUGGAAUGUUCAAUAAGUAUAUUUUAAAAAAUCAUUUUCCUCAUAGUCUAAUUUCUUUAAAGAUAGCUGUAAUAAUAAUGUAUUAUAGAGUUGAUUACAUAUAUAGUGCAGGACAACAUUAUCUUGCUCAAAGAAUGGAAGUAUAGUCUUUCAAGAUUCUUACAUUAUAUGAAAAAUGGUAUAUCAUUAUUUGAAGGUAAACUGUGAUGAGUUCAAGAUGCUACUUGUGAAACUUAGAGAAGGGUUUCUCUGUCUUAGCACUAUUGACUUUGGGUCUGGAUAAUUCUUUCUUGAGGGGCAUUAUCCUGUACACAAAAGGAGAUUUAGCAGCAUCCCUGGUCUCCACCCAGUAGAUGCCAAUAGUAGCCAAACAGGCUUCCCUGCCCCCCAGUUGUGACAACCAAAAAUGUCUUGACAGUGCUAAAUAUCCCUUGGGGAGGAAAAAUCAACUCUGGUUGAGAAACACUGUUUUACAGCCUUAGAGCAGCCACAAAAAUAUAUAUACAAUAUAUAUAAAGAAUGUGUAUAUGUGUGUGUCUGUAUAUAUCUGUAUCUAUAUAUAGACAUAACACACACACACACACACACACACACACACACACCCAGAGGUGGAGAUCAAAUGGAACACUAAAAAAAAAAUUCCAAACCAUUAUCAGCCACUACAAAAGCACACUGAAGUACGCAGACCAAUGACACUAUGAAGCAACAGUAUUAAGUUUGCAAAAUAACCAGCUAGCAUCAUGAUGACAGGAUCAAAUUCACCCAUACCAAUAUUAACAUUAAAUGUAAAUGGGCUAAAUGCCUCAAUUAAAGGACACAGAAUGGCAAGCUGGAUAGUCAAGACCCAUAGGUGGGCUGUAUUCAAGAGACUCAUCUCAUGUGCAAAGAAACACAGGCUCCAAAUAAAGGGAUGGAGGAAAAUCUACCAAGCAAAUGGAAAACAGAAAAAAAGCAGUGGUUGCAGUCCUAGUUUCUGAUAAAACAGAUUUUAAACCAACAACAAUUAAAAAGAAAAGUACUACAUAAUGAUAAAGGGCUCAAUUCAACCAGAAGAGGUACUAUCUUAAACAUAUAUGCACCCAAUACAAGAGCAUUCAGAUUCAUAAAACAAGUUCUUAGAAACCAACAAAGAGGCUCCCACACAAUAAUAGUGGAAGACUUUAACACCUCACUAUCAAUAUUAGACUGAUCAUCAAGACAGAAAAUUAACAAAAAUAUUCAGGACUUGAACUCAGCUCUGGAUCAAGUGGACCUGAUAGUUAUCUACAGAUCUCUCCAUCCCAAAAUGGCAGAAUAUGAAUUUUUCUUGGCACCCUAUGGCACUUUAAAAUUAAUCAUAUAAUUGGAAGUAAAAUACUUCUCAGUAAAUGCAAAAGAACUAACAUCGUAACAGUCUCUCAGACCACAGCACAAUCAAAUGACAACUCAAGAUUAAGAAACUCAAUCAAAACUACACAAUUACAUGGAAAUUGAACAACCUGCUUCUCAAGGACUCCUGGGUAAAUAAUGAAAUUAAGGCAGAAAUCAAGAAGUUCUUUGAAACUAAUGAGAACAAAGAGACAAUGUACCAGAAUCUCUGGGAUGCAGCUAAAGCAGUGUUAAGAGGGAAAUUUAUAGCACUAAAUGUCCAUAUCAAAAAGCUAGAAAGAUCUCAAUUUGGCAUCCUAAUAUCCCAACUAAGAGAACUAGAGAACCAAGAGCAAAAAAACCCCAAAGCUACCAGAAAACAAGAAAUAACCAAGAUCAGAGCAGAACUGAAAGAGACAGAAACACACACACAAAAAAAAAACCCCAAAAAAUCAGUAAAUCCAGGAGCUGCUUUUUGAGAAAGAAAUUAAUAAAAUAGAUAAGACUACUAGCUAUAUUAAUAAACAAUAAAAGAGAGAAGAAUCAAAUAAACAUAAUAAAAAUGAUAAAGGGGACAUCACCACUGACCCCACAGAAAAACAUACAACCAUAAGAGAAUAUUAUAAACACCUCUAUGCAAAUAAAAUAGAAAAUCUAGAAGAAAUGGAUAAAUUCCUGAACAUAUACACCCUCCCAAGACUGAACCAUGAAGAAAUUGAAUCCCUGCAUAGACCAAUAACAAGUUCUGAAAUUGAGGCAAUAAUAGAUAGCCUACCAACCAGAAAAAGCCAGAACCAGAUAGAUUUACAGCUGAAUUCUACCAGAGGUACAAAGAGGAACUGAUACCAUUCCUUCUGAAACUAUUCCAAACAACUGAAAAGAAGGAACUCCUCCCUUACUCAUUUUAUGAGGCCAGCAUCAUCCUAAUACCAAAACAUGGCAGAGAUACAACAAAAAAAGAAAACUUCAGGCCAAUAUCCCUGAUGAACAUCAAUGUAAAAAUUCUCAAUAAAAUACUGGCAAACUGAAUCCAGUAGCACAUCAAAAAGUUUAUCCACCAUGAUCGAGUUGGCUUCAUCCCCAGGAGGCAAGGCUGGUUCAACAUAUGCAAAUGAAUAAACAUAAUUCAACAUAUAAACAGAAUGAAUGACAAAAGCCACAUGAUUAUCUCAAUAGACGCAAAGAAGGCCUUUAAUAAAAUUCAACAUUGCUUCAUGUUAAAAACAAUAAACUAGGUAUUGAUGGAACAUACCUCAAUAAGAACCAUGUAUGACAAACUUACAGCCAACAUGACACUGAAUGGGCAAAAGCUGGAAGCAUUCCCCUUGAAAACCAGCACAAGAUAAGGAUGCCAUCUCUCACCACUCCUAUUUAACAUAGAAUUGGAAGUUAUGGCCAGAGCAAUCAGGCAAGAGAAAGAAAUAAAGCGUAUUCAAAUAAGAAGAGAGGAAGUCAGAAACUGUGUCUGCAGAUGACCUGAUCCUAUAUGUAGAAAAUCCUAUCAUCUCAGCCCAAAAGCUUCUUAAUCUGAUAAGCAGUUUCAGCAAAGUCUCAGGAUACAAAAUCAAUGUGCAAAAAUCACAAGCAUUCCUAUACACAAACAAUAGACAAGCAGAGAGCCAAAUCAUGAAUGAAUUCCCAUUGGCAAUUGCUACAAAGAGAUAAAAUACCUAGGAAUACAGCUAACAAGGGAAGUGAAGGAACUCUUCAAGAAGAAUUACAAACCACUCUCAAGGAAAUCAGAGAGGACACACAAAAAAAGAAAAACCAUUUAAUGCUCAUGGAUAGGAAGAAUCAAUAUUGUGAAAAUGGCCAUACUGCCCAAAGUAAUUUAUAGAUUCAAUGCUAUUCCCAUUAAACUACCAUUGAAAUUCUUCCCAGAAUUAGAAAAAUCUACUUUGAAAUUCAUAUGGAAUCAAAGAAGAACCCAUAUAGCUAAGACAAUUCUAAGUAAAAACAACAAAGCUGGAGGCAUCAGACACUUCAACCCAUCCUACAAGGCUACAGUAACCAAAACAGCAUGGUACUGGUACAAAAACACAAAUAUAGACCAAUGGAACAGAAUGGAGAAUUCAGAAAUAAGACCACAAAUCUACAACCAUCUGAUCUUUGACAAAUCUGACAAAACAAGCAAUGGGGAAAGGAUUUCCUAUUUAAUAAAUGGUGCUGGGAGAACUGGCUAGCCAUUUGCAGAAAAUUGAAACUGGACCUCUUUCUUACACCUUAUACAACAAUUAAUUCAAGAUGGAUUAGACUUAAAUGUAAAACAAAACUAUAAAAACCCUAGAAGAAAAUCUAGGCAAUACCAUUCAGGACAUAGGCACAGGCAAAGAUUUCAUGACAAAAAUGUCAAAAGCAAUUGCAACAAAAGCAAAAAUUGACAAGUGGGAUCUAAUUAAAGAGCUUCUACACAGCAAAUGAAACUAUCAUUAGAGGAAACAAGCAACCUAAAGAAUGGGAGAAAAUAUUUUAAUCUAUCCGUCAGACAAAGGUCUGAUAUUCAGAAUCUACAAGGAACUUAAACAAAUUUACAAAAAAAAAUUAAAAAGUGGGCACACUAAAUGAACAGACACUUCUCAAAAGAAGACAUUCAUGUACCCAACAAACAUAUGAAAAAAAGCUUAAAAUCACUGAUCAUUAGAGAUAUACUAAUCAAAACCACAAUGAGAUACCAUCUCAUGACAGAAUGGCAAUUAUUAAAAAGUUGAGAAACAACAAAUGCAGGUGAGGAGAAAUAAGAACACUUUUACACUGUCGGUGGGAAUAUAAAUUAGUUAAACCAAGGUGGAAGACAAUGUGGCAAUUCCUCAAAGAUCUAGAGCCAGAAGUACCAGCAAUUUGACUCAGCAAACCCAUUACUGAAAGGAGUAUGAAUCAUUCUAUUGUAAAGAGUCGUGCAUAUGUUCAUUGCAACACUAUUCCCAAUAGUAGAGACAUGGAAUCAACUGAAAUGCCCAUCAAUGAUAGACUGGAUAAAGAAAAGUUGGUACAUAUACACCAUGGAAUACUAUGCAGCCACAAAAAGGAACAUGAUCAUUUUCCAUUCCUGCAUUAGUUUGCCAAGAAUAACAGCUUCCUCAGCAAACUAAUGCAGGAACAGAAAACUAAACACUGCAUGUUCUCAGUUAUAAGUGGGAGUUGAACAAUGAGAACACAUGGACACAGGGAGGGAAACAACAUACACUGGGGCCUAUCAGGGUUGGGGUUUGCCAGGGGUAGGGAGAGGAUCAUGAAAAACUGCUAAUGCAUGCUGGGCUUAAUACCUAUGUGACGGGUUGAUAGGUGCAGCAAACCACCAUGACACAUGUUUACCUAUGUAACAAACCUGCACAUGUAUCCCAGAACUUAAAAUACUCUGAAAGAAAGCAGGAAAAGGACAAGGAAAUAAAAAACAGAUGUAACAGAGAGAAAAUAAAAAUAAGAUGGUAGAUCUAAAUCCAAGCAUAUUGAUAACUGCGUUAAAUGUAAGUGAUCUAAAUUUCCCAAAUGAUUGGCAAAGAUUAUCCAACUAGAUUUUUUAAAGCAAGGAUGUGCUAUCUACAAGAAAUCUCAUUUUAAAUACAAAGAUUCAGAUUAAAGGUAAAAGGAUGGAAUAAUAUAUACUCUGUAAACACUGAUCUUAAUAAAUCUUGACUACCUAAUAGGAGACAAAACAAGGACUAUUACUUAGAACAAUAGUGAACCUUUUAUAAUAAAGUAUUAAAUGUGUAUGUACAUGAAACAGAAACUGACUUAACUGAAAACAGAAAUAACCUUAUAAUUAUAGUUGAAGAUUUCAACACUUGUUAAUUGAUUAAACAAGCAGGGAGAAAAUCAGUAAGGACGUAAGAUGCUUGAACAACCAAUCAACCAAUCUGACCUAGUUGUUAUUUAUAAAAUCCCCAUAAACUGUAAGAAUAUGUAUCUUUUUAAGGGGCACAUGGAAUAUUUGCAAAUAUAGAUCAUAUGCUAGGCAACAAAAUAAGCUUUAGUACAUUUAAAAGAACUGAAAUUAGAGACUUCUGAUUUUAAAAUGACAGCAUAGAAACAAGCUGGCUUCACUUUCUCUUCCACAGAAAACAAAAACCUGAUAAACAGUGAUGAGAUUUACACCAGCAACAACCCAGACUUCAAACAGAAGGAUGAGACAGAUCCCAGGACUACAGAGAAGUGAAUAAGCUCUGAGCAGACAGUAGGAGAAUUAGACUUUCUCAUCUGCAAAGCCUACCUCAUCCCCCAUUCUGCCCUGCAGUAAGCGUGCAAAAAAAAAAAAAGAAAAAAAAAAAUUUCCCCAACUCAGUUUCUACACUGAAAAAAGUGAGAUUUAGGUGGCCAACCAACUUUUCCACCAUCCUGGUUUCCCUGGCAGGAGACUUAUCCUUGCCUUUACCCACAGGAAACACUGUGACUGUCUGAAGGGACAGUAUUGAGAAAUAGCCAAUGAGGACAGGUAGAAACAAAAGGGGAAGGUGUGACUACCAUCCUUAGCUCUGGAAAUUGCUUUGUAACUCAGCCAAAUGGGAUGGCAAGUCAGAGUGGCUGUUCACCAGCUCCACACUAUAAGGAGGUAAUUUAACAUAUCCCUUGGGCACAAACCCCUUGCCAGCGUUCUCACACUGCCAUGAUGAUUCCUUUAGAACCUCCUCCAUUCAGGACAGACAGUGCUCCAAUAAUUUACUGGAGCUGAGGUUAAUCUGGGUUUAAGGCACCACGUAAAGCUGAAAAAGAGGAAGAACCUAGCAGUAAAGAUUUGCUAAGCAGGCCAGCCAUGGUGUCUCAUGCCUGUAAUCCUAGCACUUUGGGAGCCUAAGUUGGAUCAUUUUAGGUCAGGAGUUUCAGAAAAGCCUGGCCAACAUGGUGAAACCCUGUCUCUACUAAAAGUACAAAAUUUAGCUGGACAUGGUAGCAUGUGCCUGUAAUCCUAGUUACUUAGGAGACUGAGGCAGGAUAAUUGCUUGAACCUAGGAGGCAGAGGUUGCAGUGAGCCGAGAUUGCAUCACUGCACUACAGCCUGGGUGAUGAAUGAGACCCUGUCUAAAAAAAAAAAAAUUAUGCCAGGUGUGGUAGCUUAUACCUGUAAUCCCAACACUUUGGGAGGCUGAGGCAGGUGGAUUGCUUGAGGUCAGGAGUUCAAGACCAGCUUGGCCAACACAGUAAAACCCUGUCUUUACUUUAAAAAUACAAAAAUUAGUCAGGCAUGUUGGCAUGCACCUGUAAUCCCAGCUACUCAGGUGCUGAGGCACAAGAAUUGCUUGAACCUGAGAGGUAGAGGUUGCAGUGAGCCAAGAUAGCAUCACUGCACUCCAGCCUGGGCUCUAGAGCAAGUAAAGACAGAAAACAGAAAACUGAAAGAACUAAUUCCUCAAUGAAAAGACAUAGACAUAUAUCCAAAAGAAACAACAGCAAACAGGUGAUACCAGUUUGGAUAUUUGUCCCCUAAAAUCCCGUGUUGAAAUGUUACCUUCAGUGAUAGAGGUGGGGCCUAGUUGGAGGUAUUUGGUUCAUGGGAGUGGGCCCCUCAUGAAUGGCUUGAUAUUCUCCCCAUAGUAAUGAGUUCACAGGAGAGUUGUUCAUUAAAAGGAGACUGGCACUUCCUCCUAUCUCUCUUGCUCCCUCUCUUGUCAUGUGACAUGCUAGCUCCCCUUCACUUUCUGCCACGAUUGUAAGCUUUCUGAAGCCCUCACCAGAAACAGAUGCCAGCACUAUGCUUCAUGUACAGCCUGCAGAAUGAUGAGACAAUUAAACCCCUUUUCUUUAUAAAUUACUCAGUCUCAAAUAUUCCUUUAUAGCAAUGCAAAUAGAUUCAUACAACACAGAAUUAUAACCUCCCCGAAAGGACAAAGCAAAAAUCUGUAACUGACUCUAACAAGAUGGUGAUUGUGAGCUCUCUAAGAAUGAACAGUUUAAAGGAAAGUCAGUGAUUUCCAAGGUAACCCAGAAAUCAAACCCAAAAUAGUAGAAUAAAAUAAAAGAUCAGAGAAGAAAUGAAUGAAAUUGAGACAAAAAAAAUACAGAUUAAUGAAAGGAAAAGUUGGGGUUUUUGUUUUUAUUGUUGUUGUUUGUGGUUUUGUUUUUCAACAGGGUCUUGUUCUGUUGCUGAGGCUGGAGUGUGGUGGUAUGAUCACAUCUCACUGCAACCUUGAUCUCCUGGGCUCAAGCAGUUCUCCCACCUCAGCCUCCUGAGUAGGUGGGACUGCAGGUGUGCACUACCACACCUAGCUAAUAACUUUUUGUAGAAACAGCAUUUUACUGUGUUGCCCAGGCUGGUCUCAAACUCCCGGGCUCAAGCAAUCCUCCUACCUUAGCCUCCCAAAGUGCUGGGAUUAUAGGUGUGAACCACCAUGCCCUGUCAAAAGUUGGAUUUUUGAAAAGAUAAACAAAAUUAACAAACCUUUAGCUAGACUUAUGAAGAAAAAAAGCAAGAAUAUCCAAAUAAAGAAAGUCAGAAACAAAAAAGAAGACAUAACAAUGAGACCCCAGAAAUAUAAAGAAUCAUUACAGACUAUUAUGAAUACCAAUAUGCCAAUGUACUGGAAAACCCAGAAGUGGAUAAGUUCCUGAACACAUACAACUUACCAAGAUUGAACCAUGAAGAAAUAGGAAACCUCAGCUAACCAAUAGCAAGUAACAAUAUUUAAAGCCAUAAUAAAAAGUCUUUCAUCAAAGAAAAGCUCAGCAUCUAAUGGCUUCACUGCUGGAUUAUACUGCACAUUUAAAGAAGAACUAAGGCCAGGUGCAGUGGCUCACACCUGUACUCCCAACACUUUGGGAGGCUGAGGUGGGAGGAUCACUUAAGAUCAGGAGUUCAAGACCAGACUGGCCAACAUGGUGAAACCCUGUCUCUACUAAAAAUACAAAAAUUAGCAGGCAUGGUAGUAGGUACCUGUAAUCUCAGCCACUCUGGGGCUUGAGGCAGGAGAAUCACUUGAACCCAGGGGACAGGAUUGGAGUGAGCUGAGAUCAUGCCACUGCACUCUAGCCUGAGUGACAGAGUGAGAUUCCACAUCAAAAUAAAUUAAUUAAUUAAAAAUUUUAAAAAAGAACUAACACCGAUCCUAGUCAAUUAAAAAAUUACUAGUUUAUGAUUUUGGACACACAGGUAUGAAGAUGUAAUUUUAUGACAUAAACAACUGAAAGGUGUGGAAAUAGAGCUGUUAAAGUAGCAGAAUUCUGCAGGUUGAGUUAAGCUUAAAUAAAUUCAAAUUUGAGUAUUACAUAACUUUAGAAUGUUAAAUCUAAUCCCAUAGUAACCACAAAGAAAAUGGCUAAAGAAUAUACACAGAGGCUGAGCGCAGUGACUCACACCUGUAAUUCCAGCACUUUGGGAGGCUGAGGUGGAUGGAUCACCUGAGGGCAGGAGUACAAGACCAGUCUGACCAACAUGGUGAAAUCCCAUCUGUACUAAAUACAAAAAAUCAGCUGGGUGUAGUGACACAUGCCUGUAUUCCCAAUUAAUUAGGAGGCUGAAGCAGGAGAAUUGCUUGAACCCAGGAGGUGGAGGUUGCAGUGAUCCGAGAUUGUGCCAUUGCACUCCAGCCUGGGUAACAAGAGCAAAAUUCUGUCUCAAAGAAAAAAAAAAAAAAAGAAUAUACACAGAAAGAAUGUAAGUGUUUCUGACAGUAAUGCAGGAAAUGAGAAACCAAAAUGCUAGAAAGCAUAUAGAAAACAAACAGCAAAAUGACAGAAGUCUUCUCUUAUUGGUAAUUACUUUACAUGUAAAUGGACCAAAUAAUCUAAUCAAAAGAACAGACUGGCAAAAUGGAUGUAGAUGAAAACCAUGAUCCAUCUAAAUGCUCUCCACAAGACAUUUGCUUUAGAUCCAAAGACACAAAUAGAUUGAAAGUGAAAGGAUAGAAAUGGAUAUUCCAUGGAAAUAGAGACCUAAAGAGAAUAGAAGUGGCUACGUAAUAUCAGACAAAAUAGACUUUAAGUCAAAAAAGGUUGCCAGAGACAAAGAAGACAUUAUAUAUUAACAAAAUAUUCAAUACAGCAAGUAGAUAUAAUAAAGAUUUAUGCAUUUAAUGACAAACUAUCAAAAUAUAUGAAGCAAAAACUAAUAGAAUUGAAUGGAGAAAUAGUUCUACAAUGAUAGUUGAAGAUUUCAAUAUCCCAUUCUCAAUAAUAAAUAGAACAACCACACAGAAGAUAAGGAAAAUAGAGGACUUGCACCACAGAAUAAACCAAUCGGAUCAAACAGACACAUAUGGAACACUCUACCCAACAACAACAGAAUACCUAUUUUUCUCAAGUGCACAUGAAGCAUUUUCCAGGACAGACCAUAUAUUAGGCCACAAGCUAAGUCUCAAAAGACUUUCCAUUUAUUUGUUUUGUCUCAUCUGACUCAUCUUCCAUCAAUAGACUUUAAAAGAUAGAUAUUUAUCAAAGUAUCUUUUCCAACCACAAAGAUAAGAAGUUAGAUAUCAGUUUCAAGUCAAAAAAUAGAAAAAUUCACAAAUUUGUGGAAAUUAAACAACAUACUGUUAACCAAUGAAACAAAGAUGAAAUUACAGGAGAAGUUGCAAAAUACUUAGAGGCAAACGAAAACAAAAUCACAACAUACCAAAACUUAUGGGACACAGUGAAAGCAUUGCUAAGUGAAAAAUUAAUUGCUAUAAAUGUUUAUAUUAAAAAAUAAAAGAUCUCAAACCAACAACCUAACUUUACAAAGCAAGGAAUUAGAAAAAGAAGAACAAACUAAGCCUAAAGCUAGUAGAAGGAAAGAAGUGAUAAAAACUAAAGCAGAGAUAAAUUAAAUCGAAAAUAGAAAAAUAAUAGAGAUUAACAAAAUCAAAAGUUGGUUCUUCAAAAAGAUUAACAGAAUUGACUGAAGUUAGAUAGACUAAGAAAAAAGUGAGAAGACUCAAAUUACUAAAAUCAGAAAUCAAAGUGGAAACAUUACUACAAAUUCUACAGAAAUAAAAAAGGUCUAUAGAGUACUAUGAGCAAUUAUAUACCAACAAAUUUGAUAACCUAGAUGAAAUAGAAAAAUUCCUAGAAACAGAAAAUUCACCCAGAUUAAACCACAAAUAAAUAGAAGUUUUUAAUAGACCUAUACCUAGUAAGAAGAUUGAAUCAAUAAUCAAAGUUUUGUUUUAAGAAAGAAAACUCUGUACCUGAUAGGAGAGGAAUGGUGGUGAUUGUACAACAGUAUGAAUGUACUUAAUGUCAUUAAACUAUACACCUAAACAUGAUUAUUAUAAAUUUUAUGUUAUAUGUAUUCCCUACCAUAAAAAAGUAGAGAAAAAAAGAAUACUAGGCUCUUCACAUAAAGAAAAAUCUAGGCGCGGCGAGCUGAGGGUGGCGGUGGGCGACAUGUUCCAGGGCCCGGAAAGCGAGGGCGGUGGCCCCGGCUCCAGGGCCACGAAGCCCCCAGGAGGAGAAUCGAGCAAUCUUUUUGGAAGUCCAGAAGAAGCUACUCCUUCCAGCGGGCCUAAUAGGAUGGUAUCUAAUAUUUUUGGACCAACGGAAGAACCAAAGAACUUACCCAAGAGGACAAAUCCCCCAGUGGGUAAAGGAAGCGGUAUCUUUGACGAAUCAACCCCCAUGCAGAUUCGACAGCACCUGACCCCACCUGCAGGGAAGACCAGCGACAUUUUUGGGUCCCCGGUCACUGCCACUUCACGCUUGGCACACCCAAACAAACCCAAGGACCAUGUUUUCUUAUAUGAAGGAGAACCAAAAUCGGAUUUUUUUUUUUUUUGAGAUGGAGUUUCACUCUUGUUACCCAGGCUGGAGUUCAAUGGCGCGAUCUCGGCUCACUGCAACCUCUGCCUCCUGGGUUCAGGCAAGUCUCCUGCCUCAGCCUCCUGAGUAGCUGGGAUUACAGGCACGCACCACCGUGCCCAGCUAAUUUUUUGUAUUUUUAGUAGAGACGGGGUUUCACCAUGUUGACCAGGAUGGUCUCGAUCUCUUGACCUCAUGAUCCACCCGCCUCGGCCUCCCAAAGUGCUGGGAUUACAGGCGUGAGCCACCACGCCCGGCCAAUCGAAUCUUAAAGCUGUGAUGAGCAUCCCAGCCGGACCAGAACCGGGUGAGAAAGGCAGCGCCAAAGAAGCAGGCCUCUUGAUCCAUUACUUGUCAAUUUUGCUUGUGAAUUCUUCCUUUUUUCCUUUCAUCAGCCUUAAGUCUAGGCGUUUUGUUUUUCGCCAGUGAUGUAGACAGUUCCUUUCACGAGCCACGGUUCUUCCCAUAAAUAAGGCCCACUGACCUCUGCAGGACUUUAAAAAUCUAUCCAGUUAUAUCCGAGUAAGUGGCUUAUUUGAGUUCUUCCUGUGUCUUCCUUUAUUCCUGAAUUGGUUGGUGGAAAGAAGAGAUGCUUGGGAACCUUGUGUUCUUAGGUUUGGAUUCUUUAAUACUAUAUAAAAAGCUAUUUUAAAUACCAGCUUUACAUAAAUGACUGUUGACUCUGAUCUGUUUCUGACACCUUUUCAGAAAAAAGUCAGUUGUUCAGGUACACCAAAGAGGAAGAAUAGCUGUGUAGGCCGCCCUCUGCAAAGCUUUAUAGAACUUAUGGAUUUAACUGACGAACAAGGUUCCAGAAGAGACUAGAGACCUUAGGCCAGGAGAUGAAGGAGUAGAGUAGUGAAGUCACAGCUGUCCAAUUCUCUGAGCUUCAAUAACCCAGCUAAUGAGAUGCAAAGGUAGUGUUGCUUUCAUUGUCAGAAGCCCCUCCCCAUCCCCCUAAAGGGCUGCAGGCUCAGUUCUCAUGCUUCCCUUGGGUGGGCAUCUGUUUACAGGAGAAUGUCUGCGUGGUGGCAGCUUUGCUCUGAAUGCCUACAAAGCUAAUGCUUGGUGCUACAAACAUCAUUAUUGUUUAACUUUAGAAAAGCAGCAGCUGUGUUCAGUCAGGUUCACGCCGCCUCACUGCUUAAGUACCUGCAGGAGUUGCCUGCCUGCCCAGCUCCCCUUCCCACACCUGGCACAUUGAGGGUCUGCACAAGGCUGUGUCAACCAAAGACACUUUCCCCGUUUUGAUUGCCUGUAGACUUUGGAGCCAAGAAACAAAGUCUUGUGACUUUGUGGCUCUACACACACUUCGAAUGGUUUGUGCUUCAAAGUCACUUAGGUCACUUGAAACAAUUUAAUGCUGGAAAUGAAAUAACAUUUAUAACAGUGUUUUUUAAUUGAGAAAAAAUGAUUUACGAAUUCCAAAUCAGAUUGCCAGGAAGAAAUAGGACGUUACAGUGCUGGGACCUGUGACUCUCCCAGCCCCUGCUGUCCACUAGGUGAGAGGAAAAGCUCUUUGCUUCUGCCCUUGGCAGGGACUUCUGGAUGAUGGGAGAAACCAGAGAUGGGAAUGAGGAAAACAUGAACUACAGCAAAAGCCCCUGGGCAGCUGUGAAGGAGCCCCUCACCUUACUCUCCUUGUGCCUGCUCUGCCUUCUUUCCCUCUUCGAGGCCAUGGGGCUCUCUUCCCAGUGCUUAGUCUGGUCACUGGGAGAGGAGGAGUUCCUGCACAUGCAAGCCUGCUGUGUGGCUGUCAUCUGCAUUUGGGAGGUGCUCUGUACAUUGGGGACUGCCUGUAUUUGGAAGAUUGAAAAACCUAGCAUCCUCUUCUCACCCAGAAAGUUGCAUUGAGAAAUGACUCGUCUCUCUAUUGGUAUUAAGCCUUAACUCUUUUUUUUAAGUGCAUUUGGUGCCAACAUUUUUCUAGAGCUGUAUCAAAACAGAAAGCCUGUACUCACGUCACAACAUCAUUUUGAUAGGAGCAUUUCGUUAUUUCUCCAAGGCAGAAUUGGAUGUAACAGUUAAAUUAAACAUAGUAGUCAUGUGUUCA